AACUCCAAGCUAAUCCAUCAUCCACAUCUGAAUAACAGAAUCCCAAAACAGCUGCACCCCAAGUUUUCCCUUGUUGUUGAUUGUUUUCCUUUUCAGACUAAAUGACCAACCAAAUUUGACUCUUACCAUAAUUUAUUCACUAUGGCAAGCUCAGGAGAAGCAGAACUAGAAGUCUCUACCAUUGAUGUCCAAACAGCCAAGGCACUUAUCAAUUCAGACCAUCUAUAUCUUGAUGUUAGGACAGUUGAGGAGUUUAAAAAGGGUCAUGUUGAAUCACCUAAGAUUCUUAAUAUCCCUUACAUGUUCAAUACGCCCCAAGGUAGGGUGAAAAAUUCAGAGUUUUUGAAGGAGGUUUCAUCUGCUUGUAACAAGGACGAUAAGCUUGUUGUGGGUUGUGAACGUGGGAUCAGAUCUUUAUCUGCAGCUACUGAUAUGAAAAAUGCAGGUUUCAAGAAUGUAAAUAACAUGGGAGGAGGUUAUCUUGCUUGGGUGAAGCAUGGUUUUCUUACUCAAAAACCAAAAGAAGAGCUUUAAGGCGCGUGUGUAUUUUUUUUAUUUUAUUUUUCUUUUGAGAAAAAAAUAAAAAGAAAAAUAAUGUAUUAUCUGAUUUAAACUUUAAACAUGUCAUAUGUUGGGACACAUUUAUUACACCUAAACAUAGGUAGGUACUCCUUUAAAUGUGGAUUACUAUUUGGCACUUAAAGUUCUUAACAUGAUAUUGGUGUGGUGUUAGGAUCUACCUAAAAGUCACUAACUUGCAUCAUUAAGGUAUAAUAUUAUUAUUAAUAUUA